AUGUCCAUGCAAGUCCCAAAAAGUCGCCCGGCUGCCGCCGCUCGUCGCGGCCGGAGGGAGGCUCGGCCGCCGGCGGGACCCCGCUGCGGGCGGGGAGCGCGGCCGGCCCGGGCGGGGCAGCGCAGGAGAGCCGCCCGGUGUCCCCCCGAGGGCGCGGCGCAGCCCCGGCGCUUCCGCCGUGCCCCGGCCCCGCACGGUCCCGGCGGCGGCGGGGGCUGCCCUGGCCGAGGGCUCCCCGGUCCCCCCCGCCCCCCCUCCGCCCCUCUGCCCCCGUGCACGGCGGCUCCGGCUGCGCUUCGGUGCGGCCGGAGCGCAGCGGUGCCGCCGCUCGGUGCCCGAGCUGAGCCGAGAAAACAAAGCUCCCCCUGCCGAGAGUGGGCCUUUAACUCCCCGGCGCAUCAAGGUGAGCUUGCGGGAAAAAAAAAAAAAAAAAUCCACGCCGCAGGCGCGGCCGCUCUCCGCGCCUCUCCCCGCCUGCAGCCGGCGGGAGCCGUGCGGGCUUUGGCCGCCGGUUGUUUGCCAGUGCUCGCAGGGUGCCCCCAGCCCCGGCCCCGGCAGCCCCCAGCCCCGUCGCUCCGCGGCCACCCGCCGCCCGUGCCCAUGCCCGGGGCUCAGCACUGGCCGCUGCCCCGUCGGGGGUCUCCGAGGCGGCCGCGGGGUCGCGGGAGCCCCGUGGGACACAGGGGAGCCCCGUGGGACACAGGGGAGACCCACGGGUGCUCUGGCACCGGCUCGUUGGGCGCAAGUGCAGGGCACUGUUUUUGCAGCCUGGGCACUGCCGUGUGA